CUAAACUUCUACGUUAGAAACCUUGAGUGCUUCAAUGAGAAAACGCUGGGCCCCGAGGAGUAAGUGCUUCGCAACUGCGCGUGCAAGGGGCCUGACAGUGGGAGGCCAAGCAGAAUUUAUGAGCAGGCUACAGCGUACAGUACUUUGACUUGGCCUCAAGCGAGCCGCGCAACAACUUACUCCUCGGUGCAAACUUUUGACAAAGCUUGUCCCCUUGUUUCAAUGGCCAUCCUAAAGGACCAGGACCAAAGCACCAUGUCAGCGAAGUCUAGGUGGAAGUCGGAGAAGUUUCCGGCGCACGUUGAGGAGGCACGCAACAGCGAUGGAAACGUGCAUAAAGGAUUCAACCUUCUGGAGUUCAGGGUGGCCGCGGAGCUCCUGCGCAUCGGGCCGUACCACAGCACCGAGGAUUACUGGGCGCCCGUUGACUGGCAGUUGCUGCUGCUGGUUUCGGAGUACAUGUCUGCAUUGCUCGAGUUCCUGGACUGGUUCUGGCCCGAGAUGGGCUGGGAGCACCACAAGCAGGCCAUCGUGCUGUCCAAGCGCCUGCUGCAGCCGCGCAGCCCCAACACUUUCCCUAGCCUGCCCAUCGACCCGCAGCUGCACGCGGCGUGGCGCGCCUUCACCUACUGCUUCUGGCACGGCACGAGGCACCUGGCCGCGGUGACACCGGUAGGCGUGGCCACUGCCACCUACACCGCGGCUCGGGACUGGUUGAACAAGCUGGUGGGGGAGCGAGGCUUUGAGGAGGAGGGGCCGAUCACGUCCUCCCUUCUGAGCUGGACCGAGUCGAUGGGGCCGCGGCUACAAGAGGCGUUUCCGAACACCAGCAUCGACUGGGCCCAGUGGCCGGCGGUGACGUGGCCGGACGCGGAGUGCGGCUGCCGCGCGGUGGAGAAGCGCGGCGCGGUGAAGCGGCAGACGGAGGAGGAGUACGCGGUGCGCUGGCCGCUGCGCGUCACGCAGGGCCGGCCAAAGUUCAACCACGCCAAGGUGGAGGCGCGCGACGGGUUCGUGGUGGCCAUCCCCAGCAUGAAGAACCCGCCCGUGCUGAGCUUCCUGGCGGUGUCGGACGUCAUGACCUCCUUCAAGCAGGCGGCGGCGCGCUGGCCGUCCACCACCGCGGACAGCCCCAGCCAGGCGCUGCAGCAGGAGAUGGCGCAGAGCUUCGUGCAGAACGUGCUGCGGGCGACACGGGGUCCGCUGGCGCCCGGCAUCGUGCACGAGCCGUACAAGUACCUGGGCUACGUGGCCUGCUGCGUGCAGGGCUGGGAAACCGCACUGCCGCACAUCAUGUCCAUCGUGCGCGAAACGGGCGCGUGGGGGUCGCAGCCGCUACUGCUGCCCGGCGCGCCGCUGCAGACUGCCGCAGGGCUCUCGCAGCUGCUGACAGUGGCUGCCGCCGCACCGCCGCACCAUGCAUUCCUGCAGCCGCACGCGCAGCUAGGCCAGCCGGGGGCAGGAGUAGCGUACGGCGGCGGCCUGGGCGGUAUGGGGCCGGGCGGCGGCGUAGGUGGGCUGGGGCUGGGCAUGGCGGUGGGCGGGGCGCCGGAAGGCGGCCUGAGCCUGGGCAUCGCCGAGCACCUCGCCAUGCUGCAGCAGCAACACCACCACAUGCAGCAGAUGCAGCAGCAGCAACACAUGCAGCAAAUGCACCAGCUGCAGCAGCAGCAGCAAAUGCAGCAGAUGCAGCAGCAGCAGCAACAAAUGCAGCAGAUGCAGCAAAAUGCGGUGAUGGGCGGCGGGGCGAUGCACGAGUUGGGGGCGCCGGGCAUGUACGGUGGCUUUAUGCAGCCACAGCAGCAGCAGCCACUGCAGGCGCCGCAGUUGCAGCAGGUGCCGCAGAUGCAGCAGGCGCAGCCGCAGCAGGCUAUGACCGGCGCUGACCAGGCCCAGUUUGCUGCACCGAUCCCGGUGGUCACAGUGCACGCGCUGCCGAGCAGCGAUGCAGGGCCGACGAGCCAGGCGGCGACAGCAAACCAGGCGGGGCCGGUGUCUCAGGGCUCGGCGUCAAGCCCAGAGGGCAGCGCUGGCGACCCGCCCCAAGCCGCGGGGGGCGCGCGGGUAACGCGCACGCGCCCAAGCCCGUUCGCGGCGGCCGGCACGCGUAAGCCGGCCGCACCAACCUCGGCCGGCGCCGCGGCUGGUGGUGCCAGCGCAACCGCAGGCGCAGCCGCGGGCGGGCAGCUGGGGCCAAGGCAGGGCCAGGGCCAGGCGCAGCAGGGCGCUGGCGCCAUGGACGGCGGCGCGGCUCCCAUGAGCCUGGGCGGCCUGAGCUCCAUGCAGGAGCUGCUGGACGUGUUGCCCGAGCCCUCCAAUGUGGUGGACAUCAGCUGGAGCGCGUUGAUGGGCACCGGCACCAUGGGCAUGCUGGCCGGCACCGGCACCACCGCCAACCUCUUGCUGGAGUCGGGCGACAAGGCGGCGGAGCAGGCGGCGGCGGCAGGGCCAGGGGCGGCGGGCGGCGCUGCGGCGGGCGGCGCCGCGGGAGGGCCAGGGGCGGCCGCCGGUGCGGUUGCUGAUGGCCCCAAGGCGCAGCAGACCGCGGCGCCCAGCACAGGUGGCGUUCAAGCCCCGGCUGCUGUGCGGCCCGCCGGCCCCGCUUCAGCUUUCUCCGCUGCAGCUGGCGCCUGGGCUGCCGCGGGGCUGCAACCGGCAGCGGCUGGAGCUGCCGCGGCCGGCGCUGCCGCAGUGGGCCCUCCUACACUCUCUCCCAACCCGGCCUCGCCUGCGACGCAGCUGCAGCCCGGCUUCCUGCAGCCGGCCACCAUGCACACCGCUGGCGCGGCCGCGGCCGGCUCCGGGAUGGCCGGCCUGACCACCUUCAACAGCGCGAUGCCCCUGGGCGCGCGCCCCGGCGGUGAGGCCGGCCCCUCAGGCAUGGGAAACCUGGGCGGCUUCUCCUCCGUGCCGCUGUCGGCACCGGGGCGCGCUUUGGGCGGCCUCACGGGAGCACCUGACGCACCCGUGCACAUCCAGCCGCCCAGCAUCCGCGCGGGCUCGCCUUUCCAGGGCACCAUCACCACCGGCACGCUGCCUGGCGCCAGCACCGGCGGCCGGUCCGAUCCCGCCUCGCCGCCGCUUGAUUUUGGCGCGACGCUAGGCGGCCUGGGUGCGGGCCUUAGCACCAUGUCCUUUGGCAUCUCGGGGCCGUCUUUAAACGCGGCGCUGGCUGGCAUUGGCGGCGGUGGAGUCAUUGGCGGCGGCGUGGCGGCGGCGGACCCGCCGCUGCCGGCGCGCCUGAGCCAUGGCGAAGUGUUCACAAGCAUUGGGCCGCCAUCGCCAUCAGGAGCAGGAAGCGGGGGCGGGGGUCGAUGUCCAACCAGCCCGGGCGGCGGGGGCAGGAUCAGUGAGGGCGGGAAUGGCGGCGCUGCGGCCGGGAGCCCCAGCGGGACUGCAAGCGGCGCGGCGCCUGCGCAGCGCCGCGGCGCGACUUCUCCCUUUGGUCGGCGCUCAGGGGAUGGCGGCGCGGCUGCUCGUGCCGUGGCAACGGGUGGGCGGCGGACACGUGGGGACCUGGCGGCGGCGGCGGCCCAGGUGGCGGCUGAGACUGGGCUGGCGCCAGCGCCCGGUUCCAUUGCGGAGCCAGCGACCAAGCGGCCCAACUCGCAGAACGACCUGGCUGCGCCGCUGCGGGCCGUGCAGCGGCUUGUGACGGCGGAGCGCGUGGAGUCGCUGGGCAUGUACCUGAACGAGGAGCACGUCACCCGCAGCCAGCACCCCAGCGUGCAACAGGGGCUGCCCGAGACGACGCAGGCGCCAGCAGCGGCGGCGGCGGCCGGAGCCGGUCCCGCAUCGACUCAGGGGAUCUUGAAGGUGGAAAUAAUUCCGGUGAACGACUCUGGGCCGGACCUGGGCGCGGCAGCGGCUGCAGCCUCGCCAGCCGGCGCGGCGCCGUCGCAGGAGGCCGGCGUGAAGCCGGUGAACGGCGAUCUGCAGGCGCGGCUGCAGCAACUGCUGCGCGAGGCCGCGGCGGUGGCGGAGCAGCUGGCGGAUCAGGACCAGCAAGCGGCGCGGUCACUGGUGACAGAGACGAUGCGCGAGUGCCCCACGUUGGGGGCGUUGUUAGGUGGCAGUGGUGUGGGGCCGAACGCAGAGCCGGGGCAGGGCGCGCACACGCAGUCACUUGGAACUGGCUCUGCGCCGGCGCAGUCUUAAAGUACUGGUUUUGUGAUGCAUUGCAUAAAGGUUUUGCGGAAGUGGUUUGUUCCCAGGCAGCUUUAUGGGCAGCACACACCGAAUACCUUCAUAACAAUAAACUGUUUAGGGCAACGUAUCAAAGCCCGUUACCGGUAUUGGCUCGUUCGGAGUUGGUUGCGCAAGUCUACCACUCUUGACGUAUCAGUGCAGUUGUUUUCUGAAUGGCGUACAUUGCCACGCUAUGAGUCGGAAGGGCCAAGUUAUCCACUUCUCCAGCAUUGAUCGCAGGGGAUGCUGGGAUAGGCCCCCUACUCCGUAGUCCUGCAUGGAGCGCAUGCAACGUGAAGCUGUUAACGUUGCAUACACCUGCGCAACCUGUCAGUGUAAAGGCAGUGAGGUAUUGUAUCUGCGCCCUUCCACAGUUCAUGGGAUAGUCCAAUGUUUGAGUUCGAGUGGUUGAGCGCCGCCUGAGCCUGACUGGGCAUAUGAGCAAUGCGCAUUUCCACCGUACCCCAUGCCCAUCCCCGUGUAUGGACGGCGUACGGUGUAUCUCUUACUGCGCUCGCUCAGGGCCCCUGGCAUGUAAAUAUACUUAAUGCUUUUACAUGACCGAGAUGCGGAAACGACCCUCCGCGGGCGCACACCCAACUGACAACCUUGCUAAUGUAUGCCCAGGACUGGCAGGGGCGGCCAGGGCUGGCAGCUCACGCCGCCAUGUGCGGAGUAAUGGCAUAUGCAUCACUACGU